ACACUUGUCGUACAGCCACCAUCUUGACUACGCGAUCGACAGAGUCUCUUUCAUUUUGUUGCUCGAUAAUUUCAAUACUUUCGUUCGCGUCGUCGAACACGAGCAAUUAUUAAAUAGAAAUGAAACAGUUCACGAAUACGGGAGAAUAUUUGUCGAUAAAAGAAGCUGUAUUAGGGAAAUGUGAGUUAUUCGUUUGAUCCCAGUCGUUUCAGUACGCAGUGCACAGCUGAUCAGUGGUUCCAACGGACGGUCGCCGCUCGUUCGUGCUUUGAAAUCAUCGAUAAACGAGAGAGAAGUGGCUGUUCGCGUUGACUGCCCAGUGACAGUUAGAAAUCGACGCACCGAUACGUGAACAAAGCUGCGUAGUUUGCCAAGUGUCUUCCAGCGAGUGCUCGGAGAUCGAACCGAGAACGUGCACUUGUUCCUCGUACCUUGGACAUUUCCAAUGGUUGCCGUCCGGUAGGCCUUGCCAGGAGGAUGGGGGCCCACGAUGGGGGAGUGCCAUUGCUCUAAUAUCGCUAUCAUGCAGCUGUUCCAUGAGCUGAAGCAGCAGUUCCCUGCGCUCCCUGAUCACGUCGUUUCCCAGUGCAUCGCCCAGAACAGCCACGAUCGAGAGACAUGCGCGAGAAGUCUUCGCGCCACCCAAGAGUCACGACAGUCUCCGGGAGCGUUCCCACCGGCGGCACUUUGCAGCGGCAACAAUCAUCAUCAUCAUCAUCAUCAUCAUCAACGAACGAACCACGUGGCUCAACAGCAGCAACGUUGCUGUGCGAACAACGGAAACGGGAACGCGCGACCACACAGACCGGCGUCGUUGGACAUCGGAAUGGCGAAACGGUGUCCUGUCGGGUGCACGCGAGCUGGAUCCUCGCCGAUCAUGGCUAGCACGCCGUCCUCGGCACCGGCAGCUUGCACGACGCGCGGCUUCUUCGACGAUUGUACGACGACGGGACCGAACGAACCAAAUUGCCCUAAUAAAGUCCCAAACGCAGGAAACGAACCAGCCGGAUUCGAGCUCAACGUGAACGUCGCGUGUAGUCCUGCUGGCAAUCGUGACUUUCGAACGGUGCCUACAAUCGGUGCCUGUAAACGAAGCGAUCUGCUCCUCGAACCGUCGAUACUGAACGUGGAAAACACGGGGCCGCAGAUCGACCACACACGAAGCUAUACCUCGGUAAGCCUGACGCUGAGACCACCGUGCUCGGAGCCGCAACCUCCGAUCGACAUAAGAUCACAAGGCUCGAGUUUGACUUACUCGAGCUCGUCCCUGGAUCCGAGGGGUUUUCAGAGUCGCCUGCAGAUCAGCAUCGGCGCCGGGGCCGUCGGCAGCGUGGCGGCUGCACGAAUCAGACCUCCGAUGGGUCCCAACAGACCCAACAGCUUGAUACCACCACAAACCGGUCCUCAAAGACCACCAGGUCUCCCGGCGGGACCACCCAGUCAACUGCCGAGACCUACGACGACGAUGAGCGCCCCGACGACACCUUCCGUGCCAUCGACAACGAACAUCGUCCCUCCCAUUAGCCUUCCGACGACACCGUCAGAGCUAACGACGACCUCGCCACCCUCCAGUCCAGUUGGCGAACGGAUACAGGCGGCCAAUUCCGAUCCAAAUCGAUCGCCGUUGAAUCAAGCAGUGGCGGAGCAUCAAAGGACAUUGGUCGCGGAACAGCUAGCAAGGAAAGAAAGACUCGCCAGGGAGUUGAGGGUCGAGAAAGGACGACUCGAAGCGAUGAAGAAAGAAUUACAGUCUCUUACGAGGCCUUUCGAUUCUCGAAUGCCUCCUCAGGAGCUGAAGCUGAAGUUAAGAAGCGAGAUCUAUCAGCUGCAGCUUGAAUGCGACAGACUCGCAGACGAGGUGGACCAGUGGUCAGAUCCAAGAGUACCUUUGGGUGAAACGAACGAGAAGUUUUAUCAGCACAUUUACACCGGUCAACCUCUACCUUCGAGGUCUAACGCGCCGCCUCUGCCAAGUCAACCACCCGCCUGGCAGCCAGAACCGAUGGGCAAUAACAUCGACAGAGAUGAACGCGACGGACCUUCUUGGGUCUGUAGAAUGUGCACGUUCGACAAUCAUCCGUUGAUGAACAAGUGUGAACAAUGCGAUAUGCCGCGGUUGUUGGAUCACGGAAACGCAGGUGAAACUCAAGAUAUUCAUAUACGAGUUACACAUCAUCAUAACUUUUCCCCGAGCCGUGAGUAUUUUUCUCCGAUGCGGUUUCAGGUGCACAAUUGAAGUGUAACGAAAUUUUGUACGACAUAAAGGAAUGUUCGAUCAUUUCCAGAGACAGUGCAUAGUUGGGUGGUAUGAUAUGAACUAUAAUAUUAGAAACAUGAAAAAGCUGUGUAUAUAAAAUCAUUAUUUAAAUUAAAUAAAAAGUUGUUAUAUAUAGCCUACAGAUCGGGAGGGAAGAACGAAAACUCGAGUUCUAGUUUAAUUUCAUUUUAUUAAAUACGAUGGGUGCAACAGAUUUUAAUUGGUGUAUACAAUAUCGUAAAAUAUUUGCACUUCCGAUUGCAAACUAUCGAUGAACAACUUAUCAGUAGUCUGACUCCUAUUUGUACGAGUUUUAAAAUACAAUUUAUUUGUAGUAA